AUGUCGCGGGCGCGGAACCACCUGCGCGCCGCUCUAUCCCUGGCAGCGGCGUCUGCGCGCGGCGUAACGACCCAGGUCGCGGCGCAGCGGGGCUUGAGCGCGUGGCCGGUGCCGCAGGAGCCCAGCAUGGAGUACCAGGCUAAGUAACGGGGCUGGCACGGCAGGGAGGCCUGGUACUGGCCUUGUUGCCCUGGCUUGGCCACUGGUCUGCUGGGUGUCUCUGUGCCUGUGGACCCUGAGUGAGCCUUAACCUGCUACCUGGGCACUGUGGUUGCCAGGAUGCCGUGCGCAUGCUUAAUACCCUGCAGACCAAUGCCGGCUACCUGGAGCAGGUGAAGCGCCAGCGGGGUGACCCCCAGGCACAGCUGGAAGCCAUGGAACUGUACCUGGCACGGAGUGGGCUGCAGGUGGAGGACUUGGACCGGCUGAACAUCAUCCACGUCACUGGGACGAAGGGGAAGGGCUCCACUUGUGCCUUCACGGAAUGUAUCCUCCGAAGCUAUGGCCUGAAGACGGGAUUCUUUAGCUCUCCCCACCUGGUGCAGGUUCGGGAGCGGAUCCGCAUCAAUGGGCAGCCCAUCAGUCCUGAGCUCUUCACCAAGUACUUCUGGCGCCUCUACCACCGGCUGGAGGAGACCAAGGAUGGCAGCUGUGUCUCCAUGCCCCCCUACUUCCGCUUCCUGACACUCAUGGCCUUCCAUGUCUUCCUCCAAGAGAAGGUGGACCUGGCAGUGGUGGAGGUGGGCAUUGGCGGGGCUUAUGACUGCACCAACAUCAUCAGGAAGCCUGUGGUGUGCGGAGUCUCUUCUCUUGGCAUCGACCACACCAGCCUCCUGGGGGACACGGUGGAGAAAAUCGCAUGGCAGAAAGGGGGCAUCUUUAAGCGAGGUGUCCCUGCCUUCACUGUGCUCCAACCUGAAGGUCCCCUGGCAGUGCUGAGGGACCGAGCCCAGCAGAUCUCAUGUCCUCUCUACCUGUGUCCGACGCUGGAGGCCCUGGAGGAAGGGGGGCCGCCGCUGGCCCUGGGCCUGGAGGGGGAGCACCAGCGGUCCAACGCCGCCUUGGCCUUGCAACUGGCCCACUGCUGGCUGCAGCGGCAGGACCGCCAUGGUGCCGGGGAGCUGAAGGCAUCCAGGCCGGGGCUCCUGUGGCAGCUGCCCCUGGCACCCGUGUUCCAGCCCACAUCCCACAUGCGGCUCGGGCUUCGGAACACGGAGUGGCCGGGCCGGACACAGGUGCUGCGGCGUGGGCCCCUUACCUGGUACCUGGACGGCGCGCACACCCCCAGCAGCGUGCAGGCCUGCGUGCGCUGGUUCCGCCAGGCGCUAAAGGGCCGAGAGAGGCCGAGCGGCAGUGGGCCCGAGGUUCGAGUCUUGCUCUUCAAUGCUACCGGGGACCGGGACCCGGUGGCCUUGCUGAAACUGUUGCAGCCGUGCCAGUUUGACUAUGCCGUCUUCUGCCCCAACCUGACAGAGGUGUCAUCCACAGGCAAUGCAGACCAACAGAACUUCACGGUGACACUGGACCAGGUUCUGCUGCGCUGCCUGGAACACCAGCAGCACUGGAACCACCUGGACGAAGAGCAGGCCAGCCCGGACCUCUGGAGCGCCCCCAGUCCAGAGCCUGGUGGGCCCACAUCCCUGCUGCUGGCGCCCCACCCACCCCACACCUGCAGCGCCAGCUCCCUCGUCUUCAGCUGCAUUUCACAUGCCUUGCAAUGGAUCAGCCAAGGCCGAGACCCUGUCUUCCAGCCACCCACUCCCCUAAAGGGCCUCCUCACCCACCCUGUGGCUCACAGUGGGGCCAGCGUACUCCAUGAGGCUGCUGCCAUCCAUGUGCUGGUCACUGGCAGCCUGCACUUGGUGGGUGGUGUCCUGAAGCUGCUGGAGCCUGCACUGUCCCAGUAGCUGAGGCCCGGGGUUGGAGGUGGGAGCCUCCCACACCUGCCUGCAUUCUCCCCAUGAACUUACAUACUAGGUGCCUUUUGUUUUCUGCUUUCCUGGUUCUGUCUAGACUGGCCUAGGGAGCAGGGCUCUGGGAUGGGAGGCCAGGAGAGGAUGUCCUUUUUUAAGGCUCUGUGCCUUGGUCUCUCCUUCCUCCUGGCCAAGAUAGCGAGGGGCUCCCCGGGUCUCUCACUGUUGCAGUGGCCUGGCCGUUCACCCUGUCUCCCCCCAUACCCUGCCUGCCUCCUGGCUCAGGCGCAGCUUAUUGUGUGCACUGCCUGGCCAGGCCCUGGGUCCUGCCAUGUGCUGGGUGGUAGAUUUCCUCCUCCCAGUGCCUUCUGGGAAGGGAGAGGGCCUCUGCCUGGGACACCCUAGGACAGUGGGUAGCUGGAGUGAAUUAAAGCCUUUGUUUUUUAAAGAAA